AUGACUGCUUUCCCACUGCCGAUUGUUGCACUUGCUGACACUCUGACGGCUGCUGUAACUUUACCAUUGAUUGCUCAACUUGCCGAGACACUCUUGAUGACAAUUGCAACUCUUCGAGUGACACCCGUGAUUGCCACAUCCAUUCAGACUCUACCAAUGAUAGUUGUUGCAUUUGCUGGAUUUGUGUCACCAAUUGCUGCUGUUGUUGAGAUUGCACCAGUGGUUGUUGGAUCGGUGCUACAGAUGGAUCGGCUUGCUCAGAUUGCACUAGGAAUGGUUGAAUCUGCUGAAGUCACACCAAUGGUUGUUGUAUCUGCAACAAUGGCUGUAAUGGCAUCUCAUUCAACUGCGUUGCUAUCUGAUCGAUCGGUCGAGACUCCGUUGAUGAUGAUUUCUGCUGGGGUUGCUUCUGUUAUGACCAAACCCGUCGGAUCAAUCCGGAUGGCAACUGAAUAUCCUGAUACUCCAUCGGCAACGAAUAUGACUGUUGGAUACGUACCGAUGCAGAUGUUGUUCGCUGAUGUUGUAACUGCGUCUGUUGGAUCUGCUCUGCUGCUGAAUCAUUAUUCUGAUACUGAAUCGAUUCCUACAGAAACCUCCCUGGACAUGUUUUGGACUGUUGGAUAUACAUCAGUAAUAGAUGAAUCUGUAAAGACUCUAUCGGGGAUUGUUGGGACUGCGUCGAUUACAACUCCAUGGAUUGUGUCCUCAACUGAUCGGCCUACUGAAACCUCCCUGGCCGUGUUUAGGACUGAUGGAUAUGUAUCGGUGAUAGCUGACUCUGCUGUGGCUGCAACAACAGUUGUUGAAAGGUCACUGUCGGCUGCUGAAACUAUUAGGACUCAUGAUCAGAAGCUGUAG